UCCAAGAUGGCGGCUGGUGGUGGAACGAUGGGRGUUCAAACUCAAAGACGAAGAAGAAGGCAAUCGUUAGCUAACGAUAGACCUGAUAUAGAAGAUGAUGCAUUAAUGGCUUCGUCUAUUGGAGAUAAUAAUUGGCUUCAGCAAAGUAUGUGGAAGACUUUAAAGACGUCAAAGCAAGGUCUGGCAGCAAUUCAUCUGGCAGCUUUAAACGGACAGCUCGAGAGUCUUAAACUUCUUGUUGAUAAAUUCAAAAUAGACGUGAACCUGUCUAGUGAAAGGGGCUGGACGCCUCUAAUGUUGGCUAUCAAUGCUUCAAAUGAGAGAAAGGCUUUGAAAUGUGUUAUGUUUUUAUUGGAGAAGGGUGCUGAUAUCUCAAGCACAAAUCAUGAUGGAAGUACUGUGGUACAUCAGGCAGCAAUCAAGGGCUAUGUCAAGUGUUUACAAGUCCUCAUCAAARCAGGUGCAAAMAUUGAUGGUGUUGAYAAAGAAGGCAACACACCAAUGGACUUAACUCGUGUSUGGGGUCACCGAAAUUGUGCUAGAAUACUAGCCAAACAUCAGUGGUUAAUAGACAAAGAGAAAGAGCUKCUUGCUAAACUUGAGGAAGACAGGAAAGCUAAGGAAACAGCCCAAGAAGAAGAGAAGCAAAAACUAGAAAGAAGAAUUAAAGGACAACAUGAAGGUCAAAUAGCUUUUAAAAACUGGCUUACUGACAAACACCUUCCUGAUAUUCCUACAAUGUAUGGACCAAUUCCUAGAGAAGAACGAAAAGUAAUAGAAAAGACUAGAGAAAGUAAGUCAUGUCCAACUCUCACCCCAUCAAAGACUGAAUCAACAUUUGUUGUGAAGUCAAAAAGUGAAAUUGGACCAUUGACAUUACCAAGAAAAACUAGASUUGAGAUUGAYGAGGAUAAAAGRCUUGAUUUAAUUCCUUUAGACAGAAUAUCUGCAUCAAAACGCAGGCAAAUUCAGAGAACUGAACAG